AUGGCGCUUAAGCAUGAUUCGGCUGAGCAAAAUCCAGGCUGGACCUCUUACGAACGCCCUGCUGCAUCGAUUAUUUCUAGGAUAUGGUUUUCUGUCCCCGGCGGUAAAGCUCGGGUUGAUCUUAUGGUCUCGGUCGCCUACAAGGCGUCGGUGAAAGGUACGGCUGUGGUCGUGUCUAUCGAUUACAUGGUGCUCGCGAUUGCCGGUCUGAUUUUUUGGGGCGGAAUUCGUGGUAUACCAUCUCAGGGCCCUGUAAUCCGUGAGGUUAUAAUCCAUGCAUUUCUUGUUAUCGUAACGGCAGGGUUUGCCGCAGGUGGACUCGUCCACGACUAG